AUGAACGUCCCGAGGAGCAAACGAGAGGCGAUGCCUGCCAAGAAGGUCAUCAUCAUUGGUGGAGGAGUCGGCGGAAUCUGUACGGCCGCUCGACUCGGCAAAGCUGGCGUCGAUGUGACCGUCAUCGAGAAGAACGAUACCGUCGGAGGACGAUGCUCUCUUCUACAUGCAGACGGGCACCGGUUCGAUGUAGGACCAAGUUUCUACCUCAUGCCAGAAGUCUUCGAGGAGCUCUUCGACGAUCUAGGCGAGUCGGUCUCGGAGCAUUACACGCUCAAGAAAUGCGAGCCUAAUUACAAGGUGUACUAUCACGACGACGAGACGGUCACGCUCAGUACCGACAUGGCUCAAAUGAAGCAGGAGGUCGAGAAAUGGGAGGGCAAAGACGGCUGGCAUAGAUUCCUGGCGUUCAUGAGAGAGGCAAGUAGUCAUGUGCACUACGAAGACUCGCUGAGGCAGGUCUUGCAUGCGAACUACGUCAGCUAUCAGUCGAUGAUCAGGCCGCACUAUUUGGUUAUGGCGAUCAAACUCCACGUCUUUGACAAUCUGUACCGACGAGCUUCCAACUACUUCUGGACAGACCGGCUGAGGCGCGCCUUCACAUUCUCCUCGAUGUACCUCGGGAUGUCACCUUUCAACGCGCCCGCAACUUACAACCUGCUACAAUACACUGAACUUGCUCAAGGGAUCUGGUAUCCCGUCGGCGGAUUCUUCAGCUUCGUCAGAGCCGUCGAGCAAUUAGCAAAGACCAAAUUCGGCGUCAAGAUUUUGUACAACACACCGGUCGGGUCGAUCAAGCUGAGUGACGACGGCAAGACUGCGAAAGGCGUCGUGCUGGCAACAGACGAGACGCUCACAGCCGAUCUCGUCAUCUGUAAUGCCGAUCUCGUGUAUGCUUACAACAAUUUGCUGCCACCUACGCAAUACGCAAAGAACCUCACCAAGCAGGCACACACCUGCUCAUCCAUUUCCUUCUACUGGGGACUGAAUCGUAAAGUCGAUCAACUGGUAACCCAUCAGAUCUUCCUUGCCGAAAAUUUCAAAGGCUCGUUCGAUCGGAUCUUCCAAGAUCACAGCUUGCCGGACGAGCCCAGCUUCUACGUCAACGUACCGAGCCGCGUAGAUCCCACUGCAGCUCCCGAAGGCAGAGAUACGAUGGUCGUCCUUGUGCCAGUGGGUCACUUGACUGGUGAUUCUGGCGCACUCAAGGUAGAGACAGAAGGCGGCGGCGCAACGCAUCGCAAGAGUCAAGACUGGGACGCCAUCGUUGCUCGAGCACGAGCGCAUGUCAUUGCUGGCUUGACGGACAAGCUCAAUAAGCUGGCUGCAGCGUCUGGACAGAAGAGCGUGAUACCGGAAGGCAAAGACUUUUCAGCGCUCAUUGGGACAGAGCUCUCCCAUACACCACUCACAUGGCAAGCGAAUCUCAAUCUGCAUCAAGGUUCAAUCUUGGGACUGUCGCAUUCGAUUUUCCAAGUUCUUGCUUUCAGGCCCCGUACUAAGCACGACACGAUCGAUAGACUUCAUUUCGUCGGCGCUAGUACUCAUCCUGGAACUGGCGUGCCUGUUGUUGUCUGCGGCUCCAAGAUUACGAGCCAGCAAGUCCUGGAGGAGCUUCAGAUCGAUCUCGCCGACAAGCCCAGCCAAGGUCGAUCACUGAAGAGUUUGGACAAGGUUGUACCACCCAUGACACUCGUCAUCGAAUCAUUCCUGCUCAAUUACGCUUUGCCGGGAGCAAUCGUACUCUUUCUCAUUUGGCUUGCAGACUUUGCAGAGUCACGCUAUGCACAGAGUGGCACGUUCGACAGGAAGCAAAUACAACAUUUACCCUUUGCAGGACCCUUUUCACACCUGCUCAAUUACUAG